AUGACUUAAUUAUUAAAGAAGAAUAUUGAAUCACUCUAUCCUUAAUUUAGUGUUAUUGAAAUAUUAAGAUAAAAUGUAUACAAGAAAACAAUCCUUUUAAAGAGAGGCAAUAAAAUAUAUGUUUUGAGGUUAUUUAAUUUAGAAGGAAUAAAUAAAGAAAAGGUAACCUCAAUAAUUAAAAUAUUGAACAAACUUUCUAGAAAGAGUAAUCCUCAUGUAAUUAAAUUUUAUGAAGCUUCUCAUGAUAUUGACAAUACCUAUUUAGGGUAUGUAAUAAAAUAUAUAUUAAAGGGUAAUUAGUGAAUACAUAGAAUGUUAAUAUUAAUGCCCAUUAUAAGAGAAAGAUAUAUUAAUAAUUCUGAUUUAAGUAUUAUUAUAAAACUUAUAUAGUUAUGUUCAGCUCUUAGUUUAUUUCAUCCGAAAAGACCACAUGGUAAAAUACUGUUAUCAAAUUUAUUUUGUUUUGAAAAAAAUGCUAUUUUGGGUGAAAUGAAUAUAUUAUUUUAUUUACAUCCAGAAGAGUAUUUAGAUAUAUAUUUAUUGGCACCAGAAUUUGCAAAAUCAAAAAUAUAUGAUUGUAAAUCUGAUAUUUGGAUGCUUGGAUUUUUAAUUUAUUAGUUUAUGUUUAAAGAAGCUCCUUUUAAAGCUAAUAAUAUUAAUGUGUUACAUAAAUAAAUUUUAAAAGGAUUGAAAUUUACAUAUAAUCCUUAAUAUAGUUUAAAUAUGAAUAAUUUAUUAAGGAUUAUGUUAUGUUAUGAUCCUGAUUUAAGACCAACAAUUGAAUCUAUAAGAUCAUUUGCAGAAACAGCUAUAAUAAGUUAAGAGAAAAUAGAUAUCUUUAAAUUACUACCAAAGUAUAAAUUAGAGUAAAUUGUGUUACAUAAAAAAAGAGAAGAAAGAAAACCAUAAUAAAUUGAUAAUUAAAUUUACUUAAAUGAAGAUUUGUAAAAAUAUCCCUCAUUUCGACCAUCAAAAGUAUUGAAAACCUUUAAAAAAAUUCUUUCCCCAAGUCCAUCUCCCAAACAUGUUGUUGUAAAUUUUACAGAAAAGAAUGAGAGUUCUAUUAAAAAUCCAAUUUAAUCACCAUAAAAUCAUUUUUCAUAUUUAGAAUAACUUGAUAGUAAAAAAAAUUUAUCUACAACAGGUAAAAAUUCUCAUUAAUCUUAAUAAUAAAUAAAUUAAUCAUAAGGAAUCUCUCAUUCAUAUUAAUAAAGUUAAUAAAAUACUCUUUAUUCUGUUUAAUUACCAAAAGUAUUAUAAUUUCAAUUUAGUAAGAUAAAAUUUAGACAUGAAAUGACUCCUAAAAAAGAAUUUGAUGAAUCUAAGUAUAAUAAUAUGAAUUUAAUAUUUUAGUUAAGAAUAACCAAUUGCAAAAUAUGCUUAAUUACCUUAAAAGAUUAAUCCUAUUCCAAUUAAGAAAUCUCCUCCAAAAAUGUUAUUUCAUUAAUAUCAAGACUCUGUACUCAGAUCUUUUAGCUAAAGAUAAUGA